CCGUGAGAAGCAAAAAUAAACCAGCACGGUUCCCUUAUGAUCUGCGGGACGAAACGGAAGCACACAGUUUGUCUGCCGAGUUUUUUGUUACCUAAAGCAAGAUGGCACACAGGCUGCUUUUACGCAGAGUCUGGACACUCUCSGUGAAAGAUUUCCGCUGUCCCCCAUCGUGCACCGCCACCAUGGCCUCCUCUUAUUCUACUUCCCUUCAUUCUGUCCCAAGACGAGUCUCCUUCCUCGCCACAUCACGAACUCGGCCCCUCCAUCACACCCCCCGCCGGGAAGUCUCCUUUAACGUUCAGGACAACGAGGACUUCACAGAGAGGGUCGUCAACAGCGAGCUGCCCAUAUUAGUCGACUUCCACGCUCAGUGGUGUGGUCCCUGUAAGAUUCUCGGGCCAAGGUUAGAGAAAGCUGUGGCAAAACAAAAAGGUCGUGUUGCAAUGGCAAAAGUCGACAUUGAUGAUCACACAGACUUGGCCAUCAAGUACGGGGUGUCUGCUGUCCCAACAGUGAUUGCCAUGCGAGGUGGUGAUGUCAUCGAUCAGUUUGUGGGGAUCAAAGAUGACGAUCAGCUAGAUUCGUUUGUCAGCAAAGUUGUUGGACCUUAAACCACCUGUCCCCACCCAGCUUUACACCACCUACGGUCCUGUUAUCUGGGGUUUUGGCACGCUGGACCAUAGUCCCAACUCUCAAACGCCAACAACUUUUGUCUAGUGAUGGGUGUUUGCCUAAUUAACCUUUUAGCUGAAGCUCUGUUCCUUUUUGCAGCAGCUGUUCUUUUUUUUUUUUUUUUUUUUUUGUCUUUAAAAAUGUGACGGCACCAUGAAUCAUGAGUCAGGUGCUGCGAUGAUGCAUUCACUUUUUUCUGUGAAAGUCUGUUAAAAAGGAGAUCACUUUUACAACAGUUGUAAUGUUUAACUUGAGGGAAGGUCACUUACAGUUUUAAGAAUGAUUAUAAAAAAAGUGCAAAUCCUGAAUGAGCUGUGACAAUGCUAGCUGUAAAUCCUGCUUUUGUCCACAAGAGGGUGGCAUAUUGCUAACCCUGCAGAGCAACACGUGGUCAUUUUAAACCAGUUUGCCUAAAAAAGGACCGAGGAAGAUGGACGUUUUCGUGUGUAUUUGUGUGUUUGUUCUUUUCUGGGUCCUAACUGUGAAGCUGAAGACAAACAAGAACUGCAGUUUAUUUUAUUACUGAAGUGUACCAGAAACAAGACCACAAAAUAAACAAGUUGAGAUAUUCUACAUUUAAA